GACGAGUAUACACCAAUUUUUUCGUGUCAAUAUUAUUUUUUUUUUUGUUGCUGGAAAACAACUAAAAAGCGAAAAAGUUUGUGAACUCGCAAAAGUUAUUUUAAAUUGAAAACGACGUUGUCACGAUGGAUGUGGCGCGGACAUACUCGAUACACACGCUGUGUCGCAUUUGCCUGAAUCUGCUGCAAAACGAUGCUGCCUACGAUUUAUAUAUGGUUCCAGGUCUGGCCAAAAAACUCUGUCUCUGCACAUCUCUAUCCGUGGAGCAGAACGAUGGAUUCCCCAAGAACCUGUGCACCAGUUGUUUCAGUCGACUCAACGAUAUGCACGAGUUUCAGAAAUUGUGCGUGGACUCGGUGCAAAAGUUUCAGGACAUGGUCGCCAGCAACGCCUUCACUUGCCAAUCCAAUUUCGAUGUGCUGGAUCCGAGCACUGCGGCCCAGGAGCUGCCCAAUGAGGAUGAGGAUCACAUCAACUUUGAUCCGUUGUUGAAUCAUAAGAUGGAGCUGAUUGAGAAUGAGGAGGAUGUGUUUAAAAUGCUCGAGGAUGUGGACAAGGAGGCGGAGGAGGUGGAAAAGGAGGUGAAACAGAUUAAGCAUAAGCAGCGGGAAAAGGAAACCAAGGAACCCAUUACAAUCAACAUGUUCAACGAGGACAGCUCCGCUUCCUCCUUGGAGAGCGGCAAUGACAACGAUCGGGAUAUGGAUUUUGAGCCCAACAGCAGCGAUGACGACAUUCCUCUGGCACAGCGAAUGCGCAGCAAAGGUCAAAACACCAGAGCAGCCAAGUCAAAGCCCAAGAAGAAACGCAUUGCCGACGAGGAUGAUGAGGAAUUCAGCACAACUGCAUCCUCCUCCUCCGAGGAUGAUGACGAUGAUCCCGAGCACAAGGGCCGCAAGGAGAAGCCAAAACGCAAAAGGAUUCCCGUUGGAGAGCGUCAUCUGCAUCGCAUCAUCGACUGUCACAUCUGUCACCAGAAGUUUAAGAAGGCCAUACGCUACGAGGAGCACAUGAAGUACCACAACGAUCUGUUGCCCUUCCAGUGCAAGGUGGAGAGCUGCAAGAAGGGAUUCACCACAGCCAACGGACUGCGCAUUCAUGUGGAUCACGCCCACACCGAACUGUCCGAGGUGCAUGCCUGCAGCGUGGAAGGAUGCGGCAAGACAUUCCCACGCAUCCGUCUGCUCACCUUCCACAUGAAGAAGGUGCACAACAUUUCCAAGUCGGCAGCGCCACUGCGCGACUUCCCCUGCACCGAAUGCGAGACCGUAUUCCGUUGUCCCACUGCACUCAAGAAGCAUAUGUAUAAGCACACGGGAGAGGAGCUGCCAUAUCCAUGCAACAUCUGUGGCAAACGCUUUGUCAUCAACAGUGCACUCAGGGAUCACUUGAUGCGGCAUGCGGGCAUUAAGAAUCAUGUGUGUCCGUACUGUGGUGUGGGCAAGACCACCAGGCAGGAGUGGAACGCUCACAUUCUCACACACACCAAGGAGAAGAAGUUCAAGUGCCGGCAGUGCGAUCAUGCCUCCCACAACAAGCAGGCGCUGUCCAAUCACGUCAAGGUGGUGCACAUGAAGAUCAAGAACUUUGCCUGCCAGUAUUGUGGCAAGACCUUUGGCAAAUCCCAUGCCUGCAAGGUGCACGAGAGGACGCACACGGGGGAGAAGUGCUGCGAGUGCAAGAUCUGUGGCAAGAUCUUCCUCUGCGAGAAGAGUCUCACCAAGCAUUUGAAGACGCACGAGAAACGGGAUCUGCCGCCCAUGGAUAAUCAUCGUCCGCUCAACAUUCCGUUGCCAGUGAAUCAGCUACCCGAUCAUAUGCAGAUGCAGGGCGAUAAUCUCAUGGCGCAAAAUGUGGCUGAUGAUUUGCUCAAGGCUUGUGGCGGCGGACCACCAGGAGUGGGAGUGGGAGUCGGACCAGGAGCAGCCGGAGCAGCAGCUAAACCGAAGAACUCCAGACGUGUGCAGCGUGUGGACAUUUCUCAGCUGGCGGGCACCUCUGUGAAUCCCAUAUCUUCUGUAUCCGUGCCCUCCUGGUCACCACAGGUCAACUUCACCAAGAAGGAAGGUCAACACAUUUGUCCCGGCUGUGGACGUGGCUUCAACAACAUUGGCAACAUGAAACUCCACUACAAGAUUAUCCAUGAGAAGGUCAAGGAUUUCGCCUGUCGCUUCUGUCCCAAGCGUUUCUCCAAGGCACAAAUCUUGCGGCAUCACGAAUGGAUACACACCGGGGAGAAGCCCUUCGAGUGCAAGAUUUGUGGCAAGCACUUCCGCCAGGAGACGGCGCUAAAGAAGCACAUCAAGACGCACGACAAGCCCAACAGACGACACUAUCCGGAGAAGACAGAUCCAUCGCCACCGUUCCAACAUAAAAUCGAACCGCGUGAAAUUGAUCGCGAGCCCAGGAACUAUGAUCAGUAUCAGGAUCCGGCGGCGGAACGAGCGGCAGCAACGGCGGAACUCCUGGCCCAUCAGAUCGAGGAGAACGAAGCGAAGCGAAAGGCGGACAUUGAACGGCGAAAGAUUCAGGAAGCCGCCUGUGAGCAGCUCAACAAGCUGCAGAAGCAGCAGGAGAUUGAAAAGGCGACCACAUCCUAUGAUGGCUACUAUGCCCAGAAGGCUCAAGCCGAAGGCAUCAGUGUGGACGCCUUGAAGAUUGAUCAUGUGUAAACCGAUAUGGAUGUGGAUAAUGGAUAUGGUUACACACACACACACCCAGCAAACCCAGCAAUAUUUUUAAAUCUACUUUAGUUUUAAAUUCUUUUAUAAUUACCCCCCCGUCUAUGAUGAUCUGUAAUCCUCGAAUUGCUCCAUAGUUGAACCACAGAGCAACUAACACACACGUAUUUCUAACACAAUAUUAAUUUUACUACAUAUUAUACAUAUACUAUAUACAUACAUAUUAUGUGUACGUAUUUUCGUUGUCUAUGUACUGGAUGGCAUCUAUUGCUUAAUUAGAAUAAUGACUUCAUAAUACAUAUAUUUCAAAUUGUCGUUU